AUGUUUUCAAAUAAAGUUGAUCCAAAAGGUUGGAAUUUUUGGACUAGAACAAUUCCAACAUUAUGGCAAAUUUCACCAAUGAUUAAAAAUGGAAUUUAUUCAACAAGUUAUACAAAAUUAUUACAAUUAAAGACAAAUUAUGAUCAUAAUGAAAAAUUAAAACUUAUAAAAAGUGGUGAAUAUCAUCAAUCAAUAACUCUUAAUGAUUUUUCAAAAUUUAUUGAUGAAUUAGAAAUGAACAAGAUAUCAAUUGAUCAAAUUGGGAUCAUAAUUUCCAUAACAGUUAUCUUAAAUUGUUCAAUGAUGGUUUUCCCUAAUGAACCUAGGAAAACUUUAAUGGAAUCUGGUGUUUGGAAAGUCUUGAAUUUUAAUUAUAAACUAAUGAAUAUAACUGAAAGAUGUAAAGUUUUAAUAUCAGGUACAAAAUUUGAAGGAUUAUUAGGAGUUGAUGAAAUUAAACUUACAUCAGAUUCACCACCAAAUGUAUUAUUUAUUAAUUAUCUUCGUGAUUAUAUUAAUCAAAAUACUAAUGGAGAUAAUGAAUAUUUACAAUUCGUUUAUGAAGAUGCAUUAUUCUUAUUAGAAAAUUUAAUUGAUAGUGCUUUUUAUAUGGGUUAUGAAAUGCCCUUUUAUAAAUUUUUAUUUAAAUUAAUGGCUCAUGAAGGAUUUAUGAAAUUAUAA